AUGGCUGCCCCCAGCCUGCGGGGAAGCGUCUGGACCUGGAAGCCCCGAUUGGGGGUAGGAAUCGUUUGGCGGCAGCUCGGCCGCCCCGCUCCCCCUCCGAAGCCCUUCUACCCGGCCCUGCCGCCUCGACCCUUACCUGAGGGGGGUCUCGGCCACUUGCAAACUCUGCCAGCGGAGCCCAGCAGGCGCCGGGGUCUCCCUCGGCGACUCGCGCGUCCCCCUCGGCGCGCCCGAACCGUGGGCGCCUUCCCCGCUGCCAGCCGCUGCAGUGGCAUCCAGCAAAGCCGACUCGGGAUCGCCUUUCUCGCCACCAAGCCUGCUCCGGGCCGGGUCCGGGGCGGGGGUGGGGGGCUGCUCUUCGGGGCUGGCGCAGGGGGCCACCCUGCGCGCGGCCAGCGGGAAAGUGCAAGAGUGUGCGUCCUGGAUUGCAGCAGCGGCGACAGCGGCGGCCGGGGACGAGGAGGCGGUGGCGACGCCAGCCGGCGAGCCGGGGAGGCGGGCGGCGGCGCGAAGUGGAAGCCGGGCUCCCGCGAGCCUGGCGCCCGGGCGGGCGGCACUGCGGGUGCCCCGCGCCGCGACGAGGCCCCGCGCGCGCGCGGCCACCCGGUCGGGGGAUGGCGAGGCCGGGGCGCGGCGGGCGCGGGCGGCGGCUGGGCGCCGGGCUCCGGCCGCCUUGCCUCGCGCUCGCCGCCUCGCGCGCUGCCUCGCUCGCUGCCCGGACUUCCCGUCUCCCGCCCGAGCUCCCCGCGCCGCCGCCGCCGCCGCCAGCAGCGCGCCUCAACCGGGCGCGCUCCUCGCGCGGAGCCACAGCGCUGCCCCCGCUUAACUCCUUACGUGCCACCUGGCCCUCCUGCAGCCGUCCGCGGAGCCAGGCAACUCGGCGCCAGCACAGAAUCCUACUGUUUCUUGGCCCAAGUCUGCUGCAGGACUCACGGAGGAGAGUGAAGAAACAAAGCCAUCUUUGAAAUCAAUUAUAAAGACCAAAACAAUGAUAGAGAACACAAGCAGGGGGAGCAUCAGAGCGAGAGGGAGAAGCAGGCUCCCCGAGAAGCCGGAAGCCCAACACUGGGGCUUGGUGUGGGGAGUCCCGGUUCAUGACCUGAGCCAAAGGAGUCUGCCAGGAAUCUCUCUCUGCUCCCCAGCCCCUCCAUUCAGAAUCCUCCUGUGAUUUCCCCCACAUCCCCCCCCCUGCCCCGCCCCAGCCCCACCCGUCUGAUGGGGGCUGGCCUGCCAUGCAGAAUCCCAGAGUCCAAGGGCUGUGUCUUUCAACCAUUCCUCUAUCCCUGGCACUCACUCAACACAGCGCUCUGCACACAGUAGGCUGUGUUAGUCUGCUUGGGCUUCUGUAACAAAAACACUGAAGACUGGGUGGCCUAUAAGCAACGGAAAUUUAUUUCCCACAGUUUUGGGGGCCGGGAAGUGCAAGACCAAGGUGCCAACAGAUUCGGUGUCUGGGGAGAGCGCACCUCCUGGUUUGCAGACAGCCAUUUUCUUGCUGUGUCCUCUUAGGGUGGACGGGGCUGAGGGAUUUCUCUUCAGGUCUCAUUUGUAAGGGCAAGGAUCCUAUUCAUAGGGCUUCCACCCAGGUAACCUAUUCACCUUCCAAAGGCCUCACCUCCUCCUACUAUCACCUUAGGGGUGAGGUUUUAAUGUACGAAUUCUGGAGGGACACAUUCGGUCUAGAGCACAGGUGCUCUGAAAGAAAUGAAUGAAUUAAUAAAACUGUCCAGUAUUGCCACAGAUAUAUACAGAUGAAAAGAAAAUCUGGUGUGAUCCAGAGAGUUCACUCAUUAAAAAUUCAGUAAAAGAGGCAAAGGUAUGUAAAAGUAGAAGAAUGUGUACUGCAGUACCUUUUAAUGGCAGAACGCCAGAAAGAAUCCAAAUGCCCAACAAGCGAGAGAAUAGAGGGACCAAUUCCGGUAUAUUCUUAAAGGGAAGGUACCACACGGCCGUGAAAAGUAAUGAACUAGAACUCUAUGCAUCAGCUUGGAUAAAUCUCAGAAAUUAGAGCAUUGAGUAAAAAAACCAAAAAGCUGGCUGCAAGAUAAUAAAUAAGCUAAUUGCAAAAGGACACAUACAUAAUACUAGUUAAUAAAAUUCAGAACUAUGGAAGACAAUUCAGUAUAUUUUUAUGAGCACCUACAUGUACAGUAAAAGCAGAGAAACUGUGAAUACCAAGUUCAGGAGAGAGUUUAUGGCUGUGGGGGGAGAAAGGGGGCAGCAAAGAUCCCAGAGCACUUUCAUUGUGUCUUUAAUGUUCUACUUCCGAUGCCGUUUGGUGGAUACGUAGAAGUUUUAUUGUUUUUUGGAUUUUCUAUUGUA